AUGCCAGAUAAAAGAGCUCUCGAUGAGCCCUCUGACCAGGCUCCUCCUUUCAAGAGGUCUGCAUCUGCACCGAUGGUCAGCAGCAUGUCCGAUCUUUCGGUCCUAGCGACGCUCCAACAUCCUCGCAUCUCCACUGCCUCUGGCGUUUCGCCCUUUGCAGCACCGCCCUUGUUCCAGCAACCGGCACCACUCUGUUCCUUCUCCUUCGACGAAGCGCGCAAGCAGUGGCAGGAUGACCGCUCGAAGAAGUUCUACCGAGGACCACCGCCGUACAACAACCGACACCCUCACCAGAAUCGUGCACCCGCUGCGUUCGGCGCCGACCUCAACUAUGGCCUAGAGCGGUACAUACGGCGGGACGAAGACUUGCCGGAGCAUCUGGAUGCGCUCGUAGCCGCACUACAGCACAGGACGGAAUCCGCUGGCUCGGAAGCUGAGAGGGCCGAGCUGGAGCAAGAACGUAGGAAAGCAGAUGUGGUGACGUGGAGAGGAAUUGUAACGAAGAUCUGCACUGCGUACGAGCAGUCCCCCGAAGCGCGAUUUUCGGAUCCGCUCGAGCUCAACGCCAUGGUGCUCGAUGGUACACUAUACCUCGAAGAGUACACCUCUGCCUCAGCGAUGGCAGAGAAGCAGAGGAAGGAAGACGAUCCCAAGAUGCUUCGCAUGGGCUAUUACGGCUACUCGUUCGAAAGCUACUGCACCGUCGACACGGAAGAGCAGACAAGAGAGCCAUUCCGCCCGAUUCCACACAAAAAUUCGCCCGUACAUCAUCCAGCAGGUUGGGGCGGCGACGUCAACACCAACGUCCAAUGGUGUCAGGUAGUGAAAACCAAGCUGGGCAACAACCGCCUCGUCAUCGGAGGAGAAGUGGACGCCGUCCAACGCAGCGCAUCUACGGGCCGUGAGGAGCUGGUGGAGCUCAAGACUUCGAUGCAGAUGACCUCUGCCCACCGCAAUCCAGCCAAAGCCGCCGUGGAACAAGAACGGUUCGAAAAGAAGCUGCUGAAGUUCUUUUUGCAGAGUUACUUGUUGGGCAUUGGAAAGAUCGUGGUUGGUUUCCGAGAUUACCACGGGUUCUUGACAACGCAUCAGGAAUUCGAGACGCUCAGGAUCCCACGCAUGGUGCGAGCGGGACAGCCGAUCGCAGGCAGAUACGAUCAAGCGGGCAAGCCGAUGAUUCGAGAACAGUCGGUUUGGGAGCCGAAGGACGCGCUCGGAUUCGGCGAUCAGAUCCUGUCCUUUGUUCGUGAGACCAUCGCAGCUCACAGCGACGCAGCGGAGGAGAAGCAGACGGCCGCAAAGGAGGACCUUACGUCGGAAGAAGCCGAGAAAGUCAGCCAUCCAGUCUUUCGCAUCUCGUACAAAUCGCCCUUCGACCAAGUCGAGAUCCGCCUCCUCAACGAAGCCGAGAUUUUCGAACAGGCGCAAGAUUCGGGUCGCUCCGGCGAAAGAGUCGGCUUCCUCCCUCGCAGCUACUACGACUUUGUCCAGCGUCAAGCUCGACCCUAG